GCGGAUGUGUCCCUGUGUCCUCCUGUCCGCCACUCCGAAGGCCCCAGGGCCGGACCUCGGCGUGCCGGGAGGGACACGCCGGCAGGCUGGGGGGGUGCAUGUGUGCCUUUUAAGUCAUUCGCUUUCUCUCCUCCACACUUUACCCGUGGCGGUUGAAAGUCUUGUUUUGAGAGGCAGAGGAACACCAAAAAGAAUUAUAAAAAGACAUUUCCAGGAAAGGAAGAGAGCGAGCUCCCCGCGCCGCCUACCCCCAGGAGAAUCCCCUCUGAGCUCGUGAAGAUGGAAGGUGUGGCUGAGGCAGGAGGGGGCCGCUGCUGGCAGUCAGGAGCCGGGGCGAGCGGCAGCUCCGCACACAGAGCCUUCCCGGGAGGAGCCCGGGUCAGCCGCCAGCCUGACCCGGAAGAAGUCUCUCUGCCGGCUACGCCAUUUUGAACGUGAAGGAGGCCUGAGGCCCCUGAGCUCAUGAGUCGUGCUCCUGGCGCCUCGCGCUUUGCUUUCCCAGGGGCAGAGCCUGGCCGCAUCCUCUUCGGGAGGUCCCUGCAGGCUGCUGUCCGGGUCCCACUCCUUUGCUUUCUGCAAGGACAGCAAGAAAACCACGGGGUCUCUUGCUGGAGAUAAUUUGCUGGAGGAGAGUGGCAGAGAGAGAAAUGGGAAGGGGCCCAUAAAUGAAACCUGAAUCCAACUGUGCGGUCCACGCCUCUUUCUGCCUCUCACCUGGGCAAGUUUCGUGUUCUCAUGGGGAGAAACGCACGUGCACACAAGUGCCCCUUAGCCCACACAAAUGAACCCCCCUUGCGCAGAAGCCGCUACAGGAAACUGACUGGUGCACAGGAACUUGCUAAUCUCUUGGGUCACAUUCAGAUUGUUCCUGCUGCCCCAGUCACCGUGCGCACCAAGCCCAGGCGUCCUGCACUGACGUCUCCGCCGGCCCAGCUCUGAUGCCGUUUGCUCCUCCGUGUCAGUCAGGUGUGUUCUUGAGGAGGAGGGAAAGGGUGAUCUAGAAAUGAAAUCACCACGGUGAAAAGGCUUGGGCUGCUUUGGUUUCUUACCAACGCUGUGCUGAACAAAUUUGACUUCCGGAGUCGGGCAUUUUGGUGUCAAGAAGUUUCUACAACAUUCUACGACAGUUCUGCUUGUGUGACUUUCCAAGGCAAUCUUGCUAAUGCAUGAGCGAGGCAGAAUCGAACGGAGAUCACCAGUCCCACAAUCUGAACCUUCUUUCCCGAAGCUGCUGGAAUCUCCUGGAAACUGAAGCCGCCUAGAGCACACUCAGCUGCCUCCCCCACUUCUCGGAGCUGAAGCUGAACACGUCUGACCCACCCCAGUGGCACACUAGACUUCUUGAAGCUUUUCAAAGCAGACGGCCCAUCUCCCUUGCCGCAGGGGCCGGAUGGCGUUGGCCCCCGCGGCCCACUGAGAGCUCCUUUUCCUGGGAUCCUGCCCUUGACAGUGGGACACCGGGCGGGCAAGAUGCUGAGCUCUAUCAAGUGCGUGCUGGUGGGCGACUCCGCUGUGGGCAAGACCUCCCUGCUGGUGCGCUUCACCUCCGAGACCUUCCCCGAGGCCUAUAAGCCCACGGUGUACGAGAACACGGGCGUGGAUGUCUUCAUGGAUGGCAUCCAGAUCAGCCUGGGCCUGUGGGACACGGCAGGCAAUGACGCCUUCCGGAGCAUCCGCCCCCUGUCCUACCAGCAGGCGGAUGUGGUGCUGAUGUGCUACUCUGUGGCCAACCACAACUCGUUCUUGAACUUGAAGAACAAGUGGAUUGGUGAAAUCAGGAGCAACUUGCCCUGUACUCCGGUGCUGGUGGUGGCCACGCAGACAGACCAGCGGGAGAUAGGGCCCCACAGGGCCUCCUGCAUCAAUGCCAUCGAAGGGAAGAGACUGGCCCAGGAUGUGAAGGCCAAGGGCUACCUGGAGUGCUCAGCCCUUAGCAACAGGGGGGUCCAGCAGGUAUUUGAGUGUGCUGUUCGAACUGCAGUCAACCAGGCCAGGAGGCGGAACAGGAGGAGGCUGUUCUCCAUUAAUGAGUGCAAGAUCUUCUAACCCCCAAGACUCUUCAUCCACCACCCUCGCACUCACCCCAGGACUGAUGGGGAGAGGGAGAGCGGGCACACCGACAAGGGCCAAGUGUCUUAAGGGCAUCCCGAGUGACCUUGGUUACCCACUGGACUUGACCACUGGACGAUCUUCCUAACCGCACUCUGCAGAUGAGCUCCUUGCCCCCAGUCUGGCCAGAAAAGUCCUUGGGAAACUGUCAUGAGCAUUUCCUCUAGAAUUAAAAAAAGCAAACUCAGUGUCCCAAAUAAUGUCCAUCAUUUUGAAUCACAAAGUUUGUUUUCCAAAAUAUUCCAUAUUUAAACACACAUUUUAUUUAAAUAACAACGAAGUAGAUAGCUUUGGAAUCCCAUUAGUUUUCCCACUUGGAAUGCUUUUCCCUGCGUACUCACGCACACCAGCUACUAGAUGAGUGACACGAACCUCCCAGGGCUCUGCCGUGUGUUUGCAGUGUUAGUGUUUUUGCCUGAAACAGUCAUUUUGUUGGAAUUACUAAAAUGACCAUAAACUGAUCCUGGAAAUUCAUUUUCCACCUCCCUGUUAUACAGAGUUGUAAAUAGAAGACAGCUCCAUAGCUAAGAUAUUUUGGUGCCGCCUAACGAUCCCAACGUUACCACUAGUUCUGUGUAGUUACAGAGGAGCCUUUCUUAUUUACAACAUUACUUUUCACUCACAGAACUCCGGUCACACACUAAGUAUUUCCUGUCUCAUCCACCGAGACAUCGAAGGAAACCCUUGUGAGUAGAGAACCAGACAGCUGUGCGUCUAGCUGCAGAACCUGGAGCAGAAGUGAGAAGCAGGAAUUCCAGCUGCUGCUUCCCUCGUCUGAUCUGGUGGCUCCUAACUGGGAACAGGGCUUAGGAAAGCGGACAGGUUCACUUGACAAGUUCACACUCAUUCAAACUCUCAGCUCAGCUGGCAUGGCAACAUAAGUUAUUAACUUGAGGAACUAAUCGGAAUAGUUGGGAAGGUGUCUACCUAUAUGUGUAUAAGGGAAGAAAAGUACAACUUACAGCUUUUAUUUUUUCGUGACUGUGAAGUGCCUGAGUGAAAGCACAAGUUCUAAGCACAGGGAAUCUAGAAAGCUAUGCAGCAAAUGCUCAGGUAACACAAAGUUAUCAGGAGUAACACUGAAUAUAUAGGGACACACACACACACACACACACACACACACACCCUUCACACCCCAUUCUCUCUAACAGCUUUAGAGUGGUGAUGUUGCUCAUCUGUAAAACUGGAGAACAGAAGACAAUGUAAUUUGAGGAAGAAGUUAUGAAAAUGUGUCGUUUACUGCCCUAAUCAAGUAAAACUUAGAACCACUCUGAACUGUGUUUGUGAAUAUGUGUAUCAUUAUGGUGUAACAUGACCAUUACACACAAAAGGAAAAGCAGUUGCAAUAAAUGAUGAGGGCUAGAAUUAAGCUGACAUAAGGAAACCAAUUUUUCAAUUUCCUGAUGUGGCCUAUUCUUUGUAGCUGUAAUCAGUGUAAAAAAUCAAGUUUGUGCUCAUCUCCACACUGCGUUCUCCUUCUGUCUCCUCUCUUCCAUAUCCAGUAAAAAGCCUGGGACCCAGAUCUUAGUCUCAGGUGAAACGGUUCCCUCAAUUCUUUGGUGUUGACAGAUUUGCCUUCACCCAGACAUCUCAGGCCUCCAGUCCUAUGGCUUGCCCUUGACUCUGGGUCACCAUGUCCCUUGAUCUGUCUCCAGCUCUUGGUGUUGGUAUCGGAGGGCUGAAGAGCUGACCAGGAAGGGGAGGAGAUGGAAGCUCAUAUCCCCUGAUAUCCCUGUGAUCCUGCUGCUGUCCCUCACAUACCAAAGGGUCUUAAAUAACUAACACAGGUUUUUAAGACUUAUCUUUGGGGUGUUUAACAUGUUAGUAGGGAUGCGUUACUACUCACUGAAGUUGGCCAUCCCCUAAGCUGUUCCUUCCUUCUUAUGGAAGGGAAAUGGGAGUCUGCAGCUGGGAAGUCUAGAUCUGAAUGAGGAAGGAGGUGGUGGUUCCGGGGUAUGCAGAGGAGGACAGGAAGCCCAUAGAGGGCAAGUCAAGUGGUUCUGCCAUCACCUGGGCAAGAGCACACCGGUGACACCUGUGACUGCAGCAACAGCCAAGCUUAAGGGCUCCCCCGGGGAACCCUCAGAGGUCAGACAAGGAAUCAGUGCGAAGACCUCCCCAGGGAUGGGACUCGCAUCUGCCUUGCUACACUACACUUUCCUGAUUGUAGAGACAUCUCCGAAACACCAAGAAGCAACCAUAACUAAACCAAGCUGUGUUGAACUGAAUUAGAAGGACAGGAACUAGGCUUCUGUGCUGAGUGGUUAUGGGAAGGAAGCAGGCCCUCACCAGCCUUGAAGGCAUAAGAAGUGAAAAUAGGUCAUCUUGGUGCAGUCCCUGUCAUGUAUGUUUUACAUGAGCACAGAUUGAUUUUUGCCUGCUUGUUCACAGGCAUGUGUUUCUCUCACUUCAGAAUUUGUGGUACCUUUUUUAUACAAUGUCUACUCUUAACUCUUCCAUGUUGCAACAUUAAAUAUGCUCUUGUUUACCUUGAAUUUAUUUGGGUAGUUGAGCAAUUCAUCCUGACUCAAUUAUUCUGGUCUGCUGUAAUGGAAUACCAUGGACUUACGCAACAGAUGUUAAUUUCUCACAGUUCUGGAGACUGAAGUCUGAGAUCAGGACUGCAGCAUGAUCAGGUUCUGGUGCAGGCCCUCUACCUGUUGUGUCUUCACAUGGCAGAGAGAGAAAGCACACAUUUGUCUCUUUAAGAGCACUAAUUGCCUUCUGAGGCCCCACUUCUGAACACCAUUACAUGGGGGAUUAGGCUUCCGC